AAUAUUUUUAAUAUGAGCGAUUCUUAUUAUAAUUAUGAUUCUGAAUGUAUGCUUGAUGUACCAAAUUUAAAUUGUAGUCCGAUCAGUGAUCAAAUCAUAAAAAAAUGGUUAAUGUUACAAGAAAAAAAUGUUUUUAACUACAAAUUAAUGAUUGAUAAAGACAAAGUAUUGCCCGGACAAUAUGCAUUUUACAUUCAAUUAAAUACCGAUAGAAAUGUAAAACGUCGCAUUCCGCAAAGUAUCUCAUCUCUAACACAGCCUUUUGAUAAAGAAAAAUUCAAUUUUACAAAAAUACCUCCAGAAGAAAUUUUAUUCGAUAUUGUAUAUGAUAAGGAAAUAGAAGGUACGAUUAUAAUCAAUGCGAGCCCUCUGACUAUUGGACAUUGUUUGUAUUGUCCGAGUUUAAAUAAAUGCUUACCUCAGGUUCUUACUAAAACAUCAAUAGAAGCAGCAGUACGAUUGAUGUGGUUGGGAAAUAAUAGAGAUCUGAGAAUGGGUUACAAUAGUUUAGGUGCGUUAGCUUCUGUAAAUCACUUACAUUUUCACCUGUUAUUUGUAGACCAUCGUCUUGCCAUUGAAAAUGUGUCAUGCAAAAACCUUUGUGAAAAUAUAUAUGAACUAGUGAAUUAUCCUGCACAUGGCUUUUGUUUGGAAGUAAAAUCUAAAAGCGAGAUAUCAAAUGUAUGCAGUACUUUUGAUACCAUAAUAAAAUUAUUAAUUGAUUUAAAUAUUCCUCAUAAUAUUUUUAUGACAUUUGGCAAAACUCUAAAUGAGACUUGCAAAAGCAAUGCAUUAAGAAUUUUAAUAUUUCCAAGAAAAGAUAGUUUCGGUUGCAAACUUAGUUUAUCGUUUAAUUUAGCAUUUUGUGAAUUAAGUGGUUACAUUCCAGUUGGAAAUUUGGAGAGCUUUAAUACUUUAACUGAAGAAGCUGUGACACAAAUCUUGGAAGAAAACACAUCCAUUGAAUUUAAUAUUGUUAGAGAUGUAAUUUUGAAAAGCAAUCUUGGUCAAAUGUAA